CAUUCUGUGGUCAGUUUCUGCUUCGGCGUUCUCUGGUGAUUUGCGGUCGUUCUGAGAGGAGUAGGGAAGCCGGUCCAGUUUCGCUCGUCGUUGCAAACGCCAACAACAUGUCUAAGGAACCUGUCCGGGUGCUCGUCACUGGCGCAGCAGGCCAGAUUGCCUACUCGCUGGUGCCCAUCAUUGCCAGGGGCCAGGUGUUUGGUUGUGACCAGCCUGUGGUUCUGCACUUGCUGGACAUCCCCAUGAUGAUGGGGGUCCUCAAUGGCGUCGUCAUGGAGCUGGUGGACUGUGCCUUCCCUCUCUUGAAAGAUGUGGUGGCCACAGAUGAUGAGAAGGUUGCCUUCGCUGGCAUUGACGUAGCCUUCUUGGUGGGCUCGAUGCCCCGCAAGGAGGGCAUGGAACGCAAGGACCUGCUUGCCGCGAACGUCAAGAUCUUCAAGAGCCAGGGGCGGGCCCUUGACCAGUAUGCCAAGAAAUCUGUCAAGAUUCUGGUGGUGGGCAACCCAGCGAACACGAAUGCCCUCAUCUGCUCCAAGUACGCCCCGUCCAUUCCCAAGGAGAACUUCUCGGCCAUGACGCGUCUCGACCACAACAGGGCAAAGGGACAGAUUGCCCAGAGGUUGAAGGUGUCAGCCGCGGACGUGCGCAACGUCAUCAUAUGGGGCAACCACUCGUCCACCCAGUUCCCUGAUGCCAGCCAUGCCUCAGUGACUCUGAAUGGCCAGAAUGUAAAGGUCACCGACGCCAUCAAGGACGAAGCCUACUUCCAGGGCGAAUUUCUCACUACUGUACAGAAGCGUGGUGCAGCAGUGAUUGCGGCACGCAAGCUCUCCAGCGCCAUGUCGGCUGCGAAGGCAGCGGCUGACCACGUGCGCGACUGGUGGCAGGGCACCCCUGAGGGUGAAUGGGUGUCCAUGGCAGUAAUGAGCGAUGGGUCAUACGGCUCGCCACCUGAGGUGGUCUUCAGCUACCCGGUCCAGAUCGAUGCCCAGAAGCGCUGGCGCAUUGUUAGCGGACUGCCCACGUCGGACUUUGCCCGGCAGAAGAUCGAGGCCACGGGCAAGGAGCUUGUCGAGGAGCGCAACGAUGCCCUGGCAGUCUGCAAGGAUUGACGGGGCGCCCCGUCUGCAGCCAAGCUCUGACAACCCUCUCCCCACCCUCUCUUCUCUUCCACAGCCUUGGAUCUCGCCAGUUGACGCCCACACCGCUCUCUCAAGCAUAAUAGAGUCGUUCCUCCUGGGUUCUUUUGCAGCUGCUUGCUGUCAGCACGACAGCAAAUGCAUCUUUAAGAAAGGAAGAUUGAAAAGUUCUCAAUUGGCUCCGUUACAAGUGGGUGACUGCGUAGUAUAGUGUUAAUAAAAGCACAAGAAAGACUCGAUGCAGGGCACCAGUCAUGUGGGAAGCAAGUGCGCUCUAAUUAUCAUGACAACUGUGUCAGAAAUCCAUGGCUUUCUUUAAGCCACCAGAUGGUGAUGGACAUUCACUGAGCUACAAUGCAUCUACCUGAAGUAUUUCUUGCGCUCAGGUCGCAUGGUACAGUGCAGUGGCUAUGCACUUGUUUAUCGUAGCACCCCAUAAAAAGUCAUUCUGACACAGACUUCUUCAGGGUAAACUGGAAAAGCUGGAAGUGCCGAACACAAAUAGAGGUGGCCAAAAUUUGCACCGGGGAUCGUAGGGCAUUAGUAUUGAACAUGUUGAUAAUGGCAAACCUUCACAUUGUCCGAACGAGGCAAUUGGCGAGAUCUCCGGGGUUGGCCCCCUUCCGUUUUCCCCUUCUUCUUCUAGCCCCUGUUUGUAACGUAGCAAUGGUGUGACUUCAUUUCUAGCAAGUACCUGACACGUUCAAGUGAGCCAAGGUCUCACGGGCCGCUCCCGCCUCCACCAUAUGGGCAGCCAUGUCACUUGCAAGGUUUGCGCUGCAAGUGCAACUUCGAAUCUGAAACAUUGAAGCUCAAGACGUGCCUACCCCGUUGGUUUGCACAUUGCUUUGUGUUUGCUGAAAAUUUCCUCUAAGGACCUUUCACUGAAUGUACGGCGAAAGGUAUAGUGGUAAACGACACCCUUCCUUUCCUGUGAAACAGUAGUGCACAUGGAUUGCUGUAGGUGCAGUCUUAUAGGACAUAAGAUAGCAGGCUUAGCACCCUGUGUUACCAACAAGGCGCUUUCGCAUUGAAGAUGGUUCUCUCAAACAUCAUAUUUGCACAAAUGUGUCGCUGUGUUGCUACAGAUAAAACUUCUCUUUUGGCCGAUCUAGGGCUUUUUCCCAAGAACUCUCACAAUUCUUUAUUUAAAAUUGGUAUAAAUGCCUUUUUUCUAUGCACGAUUCUUUAUACUGAUGGCUGUAGACGGAGCUAAGAAAGAAAUUGAAGGCAACUCAGGCUGCCCAGUACAGUAAUAAUAAAAUACUAACUGCGGGCUGCGGUAAAUUAUGCCUCACUAACAUCAGGUGCUUUGUUUGCAGUGACAGUCGUUUAUCUCUAGACUACAUGUAUGCUUAGAAUGGAAAGUUCACGAGUGAAUGUGCAUUGCUCCACAUACGAGUGCAGUAGCAAUGGCUUGCAUGGGCUGCACAUGUAUAGGCAACAAAUUUUGUUUUCAGUAUUGUUUGGUGCAUGAACUGAUGCAAAACAUGCUGGUCCUGUGUCAUGAAAGGUUAUGGGAGUUUCUUUUCGCUACAAAAAAAAACUGGCUCUCUGAAUAUUGUUGCAACAUCCAGCAAUCAAAAAUGUGGUUUCUACAACAAAGUGCUUUUGCAAGCUGAACAUUAUCAGUGCAUUCUCUGGCAUACAGUACAGUGUUAAAAAAUUUUGAAUGGGUUGUCUGAAGGUGCAUUCACGUGGGUGUCACUUUUGUCAUGUUUAAUGAAAUGCUGUGUAGAAAAACUGGUUUCUUUAAUAAAGCUUUGCUUGGGGGUGUCUGGAA